AUGUCCGAUGCUCGCUCACCAUCUGCACUCUAUCCUUCGCACGUUCGCACCGCCAGCGCGGAGAAGACGACUGGUAUUCUUGAUGCACUCAUGGUACUUGCGUGGCUCGAUUUCUGGGUUCUUAAUACCCGUCAUGUCGAAGAGAUUAUAUUGCUCCCUGGUCAGGUUGUUAGCAAUUGA